AUGGCUCCAGCACGUGGAUCACGUAAAUCUGAACAAGUUGCAGCAUCAUCAUUAUCAAUGGAAAAUCAAUUAUUAGCUGAUAUUGAUGAAUCAAUAAAUUAUGGUGAUGAACAUGAUGAUGAUGAUGAUGGUUUAAAAAAAGAUGAUGAAGAUUCAAAUGAAAAUCCAAUUGAUCCAUUUAAAACAAAACAAUUUCAAUCAAAACGACGACGUGGAUUUCGUAAAAAACCUCGUCCAUUUAGUGAAGAAGAUAUUGAAGCAUUACAACAAUUAUCAUGUGCUAAAGCUUUUUCAAAAUUUCAUUCUCGAAUGACAAGAGAAGCUCAAACAGAUGAAUCAAUUGGAGAUUAUCUUAAAGCUUGUGCUUUAUUAGCUACGAAAUUACGACAUUGUAAAAAUGAAUUUUUAGAUGGGGAUAAUGCUGAUCAACAAAUUGAAAGUUAUUAUAAAGAUCGAUUAGAAGAAUAUUCAACUUUAUCAAAACAAGAGUUUUUAACUUUAGCUGAACGUUAUAAAUCAGAUAUUCAUCAUACCAUUGAUAAAUGGCUUAAAAAACGUUCAAAAUCAAGAUCACAUGCCAAAAAAUCAAAUCCUGGAGAAUAUAAAAGAAAUAUGUUAUCAGAUGCUCUUCAAGCUCUUGCUAAAAAAUAA